AUGUCUGGCUUCAAGGGCGGCCUGAACCUAGGCAUCUGGCUGGUGAGUGGAGGGGCCGAGCUGGUCCUGAAGCAAGUGAGGUGCGCACGCGUUGCCAGCAAUGUCCUCACCGAAGCCGAGAACUUCAUCAGGGUGGUGAAAGAGCACCCAGAGAUCACCCAGGACCCCGCGGUCGCCUUUCCAGUGAAGAUCCUGAGCUGCGUAGGCGCAGACCGCCGCCCGGUCAGUGACCUCAUCGUGAUGAAAAAGAGCCGUGGCGAGAGGCUGUGCGAGUACGUUGCCACCAAGUUCUACGCGAACCAGGUGCCGCAGCUUUGCGCAGCUAUGGAGGCUGUUGGCCGGGCUUUGCGCCGCUUCCACGAGCGCUACGGCAACCAGCAGCACGGUGACUUCCAGCCCUCCAACAUCUACUAUGAUGAGAGCACGGCCUCGGUGUCUUUCAUCGACGUCGGAGGAAUGGGGGUACCAACCACUGGCAACGAUCUGGAGCACUUCCACCAGUGUAUGCGGUCAAUGACCACUGGCUACGAGCCACACCUUCAUGUGGAUCUGCUCAAUUCUUUCGACAAGGGCUAUCAGUCCUCGCCUUCACAUCAGGGCUUCGAGGUGGUGACGUGA